AUGCCCCAACCAACCGUCCUCAUAACCGGCUGCAGCGACCACGGCAUCGGCUCCGCGCUCGCCCUAACCUUCCAUUCAAAGGGCUACCAAGUGUUCGCCACCGCGCGAGACACAUCCAAGAUGACGAACCUGUGGGGUCUAGAGCACGUCACGCUCCUAACUCUCGACGUGCGGGAUACCUCGCAGAUCAAGCGGGCUGUGGAGAGUGUGCGUGCUUAUCUUACAGAUCCUGCAACCACUACAGACACGGGGCCGGGGACCGGAGAAGGGGUAGAGACAAGAAAACUAACAUAUCUGAUUAACAACGCGGGACGGAACCAUUUCAUGCCGAUCCUGGACGAGGAUCUUGAUCAGGCGAGGGAGUUGUUCGAAACGAAUGUUUGGGGUGCGGUGGCUGUGACGAAGGCGUUUAUGCCGUUGAUGAUUGAUGCGAAGAGGCCAGGAGGAGGAGAAGCAGGGGCGGUUGUGUUUACGACUUCUAUCGCGGGGUAUUUGAAUGUGCCGUAUAUGGGAACCUACGCCGCCUCCAAACGCUCCCUCGAACUCAUCGCCGAGACCCUCCGACUCGAACUCCAACCCUUCAACAUCCGCGUGUUAUCAAUCGUAACCGGCGCCGUGCAGACUCUAGGCCAGACCUAUUUCGGCGAUUUCAAGCUCCCUGAGAAUUCUCUGUACAAGGCCAUUGAAGGGACUGUGGCCGCGAGGGCGCGUGGCGAAGAUGGCCGCGGACGAGGAGAUCUGAUGGUCUAUGCGGAGGAGGUCGUUUCGGCGAUUGUGGCCGGUCAGACGGGGAAGGUGUGGUGUGGGGAGAAUGCGGAGAAGACGAGGUUUGCGGUUACGAAUGUGAAUGUUCCGGAGGGUGUUAUGGACCAGGGUGUUGUUCAGGGUACCGGGUUGGAUGCUUUGGCUGGGAAGUUGGAAUGA